GUCAAUACAAAACAAAAUAUAUAAAAUAAAAGGAAUAUAAAGAAUUGAAAACAAGAAGAGAAUAACCAAAGCAAAAAAAACAAAAAAACUUUGAAAGUUGGAAAAUUAUGACAUUCUGGAUUCUUGGUUUUUGUUUUUGUUGUUGUUUUGUUGCUGUUGCUGCCUUUGUAUUAUAAAAGAGAAUUAGAAAUAUUUUCUUAGUUUCCAAGACAUUUGGGGAAAGUUUUGUUGGAAAAAAAAUCAUUACUACAACAUCCACCUCUUCCAUCAUCAGCAUAAAAAAAAACAAAAACAAAAAAAAUACAGAAGCUAAAACAAGAGUAAGAAGAACUGGUUGAAUUAACACUACAACUAUAAUUGAACAGCAGAACAAGCAGAUUUGCCAGAAGAACUGAGUUGGCAGAACUGUAGAAAUUGGUUAUGGAAUUGAGAUGGAGGAGAUACCUUAUGAAUAUCUAACUAUCCAGAACAAUUCCAGGAUCCUUGAGGAACUAAACAGUGCCAAAUCUAUAGAACUGCUUCCAACCAUUUUGGCAGUAAUUUUGAUGGCAUCAGUUGGUGCAGUGGGAAACAUACUUGUCUGGUAUAUCUAUGCCAUGAAACUGGAAAAGACGGCCACUAAUUUCUUCAUUGCGUCUCUCGGACUUGCAGAUUUUUUUACAUGCAGCAUUGGUAUACCAAUAGAGACCUUCAUACUGUGCCAUUCACUGGCCUUCUACAGUGAUGUGGCAUGCAAAGUGAUGCGGUACAUUACAGGGGUAACCAUAACAACUGCUGCCGUUAUUGUCCUUCUCAUUGCUGUUGAUCGGUAUUUCAGAGUCUGUCGUCCACGUACCUGGCAGUUUACAAGACGCUCAGCAGUACACACAGUUGGAGUAGUAUUCGCUAUUGUCGUCACUGGCACAAGUCCUGGAGUGUUUAUAUUUGGCUGCCACAAAGUUUCAACAUCUGUGGACCUUGUUGGUUACGAGUGCUUUAUUUCUGAGGAAUAUAUCUCCACCAUUUUUCCUACAGUCUACUUUGUGUCAAUAUCAGUAAUUUAUUUUGCUGCUGCCAUUACCCUUUCAUCUAUUUACUUCAUGGUUGGCUUGAGAGUCCGACGGCACGAGAGGACGUGGCGGUUAAGAGAGAGUCGAUCAUCACGGCAUGAUAUCAACCACUCUGCAAUGCUGUCCUGUGACAGGAGAGCACGGAACUUGCUUGCUCCACAGACUGUAAGGCGGUCGAGCAUACAUUUGUUUCGGACAACACUUGUUCUGCUGAUGAUAACCAUCAUAUGGAUCAUUAGUUACUGGCCAAACCUAAUCUUGGUUAACUAUGCCAUCUCUAAACCAGACAUUAAAGCUAACAUGGGUGUGCCGGGUCUCAACAGUUAUAAUAUGGCAGUGAGGAGUUAUUUUAUCAACAAUGCCAUUAAUCCAUUCAUUUAUGGUUUCUUCAACAGGGGAUUUAGAAGUCAAGUCCUGAAAAUCUGGAAAGGUAUCUCUAAGUGCUUUCAUAAAACUCCAGUACCCUUUUCUGUUGGUUGGCAGUGAAUUGACAAUGAUUUAGCAGUGAAUUGGCACUAAAUUGGAAAUUAAUUCCCAGUGAAUUGAUUAUAUGUAGGUGGAAAAUUGUCAGCAGCAAAUUGGUAAAGAAUUCUCAGGGAGUGACAGUCAUCUGGUAGUGAAUUCAGAAUUUUUGGUGGUACAAAUUCUUCAUGAAAUGAUAAGGAAAAGCAGAGAUUUAGCAGUGAACCAUUAGGUGGUUGUGAAUUUGUAACAAGAUGUUUACAGAACUGACAUUAUAGUAACAGUGCAGAGUGGUGAAAUGUUUUUGGGGUGAAAAAAUAAAUUGCUUGAAGUGGAAAA